AUGGGGUCGGCAUCUUUGAGCUUUCUCAAGCAGAAUAACAUUAUACACCUCAAGAUUCUCAUGAUUUUAUUCUUAAGCUGCAUACCCGAUAGAACAAAUCUUUGUUCUAACAACUCUUUUGCCACUCUAACGGUUCCACCACGUUUCAAUUCGACCAAUAUUAGUCUUUCAUCAUUGGAAACACUUACCCUAGAUGGGUACUUCAGUUUUGAGAACAAUCACCAUGCAGCCAAGGACUUUGGCAACCUAUAUCAUUUCCUCCCAUCAGCAGUCCUACACCCAAAAUCAGUUUCUGAUAUUUCCACCACGAUAAGGCAUAUUUUCAAAAUGGGUUCUGCUUCAGAGCUCACAGUUGCUGCUAGAGGCCAUGCUCACUCCAUCCAGGGUCAAGCUCAAGCCCAUCAAGGCAUAGUUAUCAACAUGGAAUCACUUCAGGGACUUAAAAUGCAAGUUCAUACUGGAGAUAUGCCUUACGUAGAUGUUUCAGGUGGUGAGUUGUGGAUAAAUAUUCUGCAUGAAACUCUCAAACAUGGGCUGGCUCCUAAAUCUUGGACAGAUUACCUUCAUCUCACUGUUGGGGGUACUCUGUCAAAUGCUGGAAUUAGUGGGCAGGCAUUCCAGCAUGGACCCCAGAUCAACAACGUCUACCAGCUUGAAGUUGUCACAGGAAAGGGAGAAGUGGUUACCUGUUCUGAGAAACAAAAUGCUGACCUCUUCUAUGCUGUUCUUGGUGGGCUUGGACAGUUUGGCAUCAUCACCCGAGCUAGGAUUUCUCUUGGACCAGCACCAAAGAUGGUGAAAUGGAUUAGAGUGCUCUACUCAGAAUUCUCCACAUUUUCCAAAGAUCAAGAGCACUUGAUAUCAUCUGAGAAUUCAUUCGACUACGUUGAAGGAUUCGUAAAUAUAAACAGAACCGGCCUUCUUAAUAACUGGAGAUCUUCUUUCAGUCCCAAGGACCCGCUUCAAGCCAAUGAAUUCACUUCAGAUGGAAGAACUCUGUACAGUCUUGAAAUGGUCAAAUACUUCAAUCCAGAUGAGACUAAAACUAUGAAUCAGCAGGAUAUUAAAAAGUUACUGUCGCAGUUGAAUUAUAUUCCGUCCACACUCUUCCUGUCAGAAGUUUCUUAUGUGGAAUUUCUGGAUAGAGUUCAUGUGUCUGAGAAAAAACUACGAGCAAAGGGUUUGUGGGAAGUUCCUCACCCAUGGCUGAAUCUUCUCGUCCCCAAGAGCAGAAUUUCUGUUUUUGCUGAGGAGAUCUUCGGCAACAUUCUUACACACACAAGCAACGGUCCUAUCAUUAUCUACCCAGUCAACCAAUCGAAGUGGAACAACAAAACAUCUUUAGUUACCCCAGAUGAAGACAUUUUCUACCUAGUGGCAUUUUUAUCCUCUGCAGUGCCAUCUUCUACAGGAACAGAUGGCUUAGAACACAUUUUAAUACAAAACAAAAGGAUUCUAGACUUCUGCGCCACAGCCCAACUUGGAAUGAAGCAAUACCUGCCCCACUACAACACACGUGAAGAGUGGCAAACUCACUUUGGCUCUCUCUGGGAAGUAUUUGUACAGAGGAAAUCGAACUAUGACCCUUUGGCAAUUCUUGCUCCUGGACAAAGAAUCUUCCAGAAGGCAGUACGCACUUCAUGAAACAUUGAUGCUGGCCCCACAGAUGGCCACACGGUACGUAUAUGGCCAAAAAAAUAGUAGACUACGACAGUUAUCCUACACAUCUUUGGCUCUAAAUAACAAAGGUAAGUACAAGGCUAUGGGGCAGUGGAAACUUUGUUGGAACUCUGGUAAAAAAUUGACUAGUGCAAAGAGAAGAUCGCACUAUGAGUUAGAUGUAAGGCAUCAACCUCACUAAAAAAAACUUUAUUUAAGUGUAUUAAACAGAGCGAUAUGUACAGUAAUGUCCGUGUGAUUCCAUAUAUAACAUCAGAUGACAUCUCUACGAUGAAA